AGUAAGGGCUAAAGGUCUUUCCAAGGUUCCAAGUGGGAAAUACAUGGAAGUCUUGACAGCCACUCCAAAUCCUGACACUCACAUAAAUACAUGAAUUUCUAGAUCUUUUCUAUGCCUUCAGCAGCAAAGAUGAUGGAAAUUGCAGACCUUCAGAAAAUUGGUGUUGGGCUUGUUGGCUUUGGAAUAUUCUUCCUCCUGUUUGGUGUAUUGUUGUACAUGGAUUCAGUGCUUCUGGCCUUUGGAAAUAUCUUGUUCCUGUGUGGCUUGGCUAUUAUAAUUGGACUAAGAAGAACCUUUGGAUUCUUUUUCCAAAAGCAGAAGCUUAAGGGAACUAGUUUCUUUCUAGGAGGCAUAAUCAUCGUUCUGCUUCGGUGGCCUCUACUGGGCAUGCUGCUAGAGACCUAUGGUUUCAUUAACCUCUUCAGGAGCUUUUUCCCAAUUGCUUUUGGAUUUCUGGGAUCACUGGUGAACAUCUCAUUUUUGAACAAGCUGUUUCAGAAAUUUGGAGACACCAGCUCUGCAGUGUAACUUGAAUGAAUGACCAGAGACAACUUCCCUUCCUACAAGUACAGACUUUUUUUAUGAAUAACCUGUUGCCUCCACAAUACUAUCUUAUUUAGUGCUGCUUUAAAUACUACAUAUGAUCACUUUCAGGAAUGUACAAGGUCAUCAGCAGAAUCAUUCCUUGUAUAAUGACCAAUUAUAAUAAUUAUAAUGGGGUUUCCACCCUGAUGCUGGUUUAUACACUCUUGAUGGUGACUAUGCUGUAGCUUUUAAAUAUACAAAAACACACCUCAAUGAUCUUCAGUACCUGGAAGUAUCAUGCUGUAUCACAAGCGCUUGACACCAACACACCCAGCAUUUAGGACAUAUCAAGUUGCUUGCAGAAAUAUAUCUGAAUGGGAUCUUCAAACAAUUGCAGUGGAAUGGAUAAAUGCUAACUGCUUUCACUUGAUGUGAUGUAUCAGUGCCAAUUUCUUUCUAUUUGUAGACUGUGGUCAGACAAAUUCUGCAAGUUUUUGAAGCACAAUGAAAAAAAAUGGGCAAAUCAAAUUGCUAAAGCUAAUGGUGGGUUGAAUGGAGACAUUCUCUUUUGGAGAUUUGAGUUUAGCAGGAGCUGUUGUUAGAGAAUGUGCUACUGAACUUAAGCAGAAUACUAUAAUUAAUUAGAUAAUAGACUAUUCCAUAGAAAAGAAUGCACUCAUGAAAAAGGUAUCUUGGAUGCAGAGUAUGGACUUAGCCAGCUAUCAGUGAAUGCUAAACAAUACUCAUUAUCAAUAGAAGCAAAUAUGUGUAGCUCAGGGUUGAACUGUGGAGUCCUUGGAGUUCU